CAGAAAGGCAAACCGGUCAUGGGGGGCUAGUUAACGACUGUACGCCGUGCUUGUGAAUACGGUAUUUUCUCUGCCAGGCCAGGCCAGGCUAGUUGUGCCCCUGAUAUACCAUUCGCACACGCAUAUAUACAUUUAUAUAUACAUAUAACAUAACACACAUACACAUAUUACAUAUACAUACGGGAAUAUAUACUAUAGUACUAUACUAACGGAAAAAAGCAGGAACGACGACUUAUCGCCUCCGUUUUUUUUCUUCCCUCCCUGCGAGCGUGUGCGUGUGUGUUUUUUUUUUAUAUAAGAUGGGAGCAUAUUUAGCGAAACCUAUUACCAAGAAGAUUUCCUCCGACAAAGUUGGAAAAAAUGUAGCGUUCGGUGCGAGUUCCAUGCAAGGUUGGCGUAUCAGUCAAGAGGAUGCCCACAACUGUUGCAUAGAGUUUGACAAAGAUGUUUCCUUAUUCGCUGUAUACGAUGGCCAUGGUGGACAUGAGGUAGCAACAUAUUGCGCUCGUAAUCUUCCCAAUUUUAUUAAAGAAACAGAAGCAUAUAAAAAAGGUGAUAUUAGGCAAGCAUUGAUUGAUGCCUUUUUGGGUUUCGAUGCUACACUAGCACAGCCUGAAGUAGUUACUGUUCUUAAAGAACUUGCAAAUCCAUCACCUCCAGGUUGUGAAGAGGAUGAAUUUAACGACACUGAUGAAGAAGAAAAUAUUAGCGAUCUACAUUUAGAAGCUGCAAUGCCGGUAGAUCAAGUUAUAGCAAGUUAUCAGUCAGAGAUAUGGAAUCUUCAGGCUAAUCAUUUGGCAAAUGAGAAAUCUACCAAACUCGCGCGUCCAUAUGUAAUGGUAAGAAAAGGAAAGGAUAAAGCUAGUUGUUCGUCAUCUGGUGCUGGUUGUUCAUCUUCAUCAUCUGCAUGGAAUACAAAUGAAGCCGAUGUUAGUAGCUCUAGCCAACCAUGUCGUUCCUCUAUGUCAGUCACAAUGAAAAAGAAAGAAUCAUCUGGGAGUAACGAAGCAGAGCAAGUUCUUGACUCUACCACUAGUAAUGGAAAUAUGCAUGCAUCUGUACCUGUAGUGUCUACUGCUGAUAUAGAAACUGCUAAAUCUGCUGACAUGCCGGAUAGUUCAGAAGAUGUCAAAGAAAAAGUAUCCAGUCCUGGAAAGUCGGCAUGUUCGGUAACAGUUACAAACGAAGUUGAAUUAAAUGGAGCAAAAUCAAAAAGAAUAGAAGGUGCGGAUAGUAGUAAAGGAGGGGGUGACAAUGUAUCAAGCAGUUCUUGUACACCCGUAGAAAAUGGAGAUGCUGGACAGCAGGAAAGAAUAAGUAGCAGUGGUCGAAGAAGAGUUCAAUCAAGCGAGCUUUACCAAAGUUUUUUAAAGAGAAAAGAUGAUGAGUUGGAAGGUGAUGAUGAUGAUGAUGAAAAUGAUGAAACAUUUGAUGGAGCCCUUGAAAGUGAUGAAGAUGAUACAGAAGAUGUUGAUGAAGAUGAAAGCGACGAAGACGAAGAUAAUGAAGAUGAGGAUGAAGACGAAGAUGAGGAUGAAGAUGAGGACGAAGAUGAUGAAGACUCUGUACUAAAUUUGGAAGAGCCAGGUGCCGAUAGUGGAUGUACAGCAGUUGUCGCCAUACUCAAAGGAAACGAAUUAUACGUAGCUAAUGCAGGAGAUUCUCGAUGCGUUUUGUGUAGGGAUGGUCAAGCUCUUGAACUCAGUUUAGAUCAUAAACCAGAAGACGAGCCAGAAAUGGAACGUAUUAUAAAGGCUGGUGGAAAAGUUUCGUUAGACGGCAGAGUGAACGGUGGCCUUAAUCUUUCGAGAGCACUUGGAGAUCAUUCAUACAAAAGAAAUACAGUUUUACUACCACAAGAACAAAUGAUAUCUGCGCUUCCAGAUGUAAGGCAUAUUACCAUUGAACCAGAAAGGGAUGAAUUCAUGAUAUUGGCUUGCGACGGUAUUUGGAAUUUUAUGUCGAGCCAGGGUGUUGUACAAUUUAUCAAAACGCGUUUAACCGAAAAGUAUGAUAACAUUUCUAAAAUUUGCGAAGAGUUAUUUGAUCAUUGUCUCGCACCGGAUACUUUCGGCGAUGGUACAGGAUGUGAUAAUAUGACAGCAGUGAUCGUACGAUUUAAACCACCAUCCUCGAAUGCAACGAACGCAACAAUAGCCGAAGUUUGUGUAAAAGAUAAAAGACCAUUGUCACCUUCUAGCCCUAAUAAAGAGAGCAACGAUUGCUCUACCGAGGAAAAUAGAAUGCAAUCUUGCAAACGUCUUAAAACAGAAGCAGCUAUUUAAAUUAUCAACUAAAACAUUGAUUUUAUAAACUGCUGAUCUCCUCUUCUUUCCAAGAGCAGAUGGAUGAAUGUGAAAUUCAUUUCCAAACAAUGUACUGCAUUGUAAAAAACUGUUCAUUGAAGAUGAGUGUAUAAUCAUUAACGUACAGUAACGAUUAGUUACUACAUAAAUGUGUGAUGAAGGAAGAGAGUGUGUUAGUAUGGUGGCUGUUGGUUAUAGACUGAAAGAUAUUGGAGCACAUGAAGAUGAUACGUUGCUUCUUUCUUUUUUACGUUUUAUUUACAAAAUAUAACGAUCGGAAGUAUAUGUGCAUUCAUGUCUGAAAAGGAGAAUACAAGAAUUUUUCUUGUACUUUUAUUUAUUUCUUUUCUCUUUAUUUUUAGUAAAUCAGAUAGAAAACACAAAAAUGUUAAAAUGCUACUUUCUAAAAGUCACAGAUUCGGUCAAAUUUCUUUAAAAAGUUAAUACACAUCGUAAAUUAUAUAUAAAUGAAGUAUAAAUCUUAAAACAUAAUUUUCGUUAAAACAAUAAUCAAAAUAUGAAAAUUGCAAUCAUACAUCUAAUUUCCAAAGUUAUGGUUGAUUUAUUUAAAUCUUUUUUUCUCUCUCUCUCACUCUCACUCUCACUCUCUCUCUCUCACUUCUUUUUUUUUUUAAUUAUUUAAUUUAACUUUCUAAGUAAAGUUAAUCGCUUAUCAUCUCAUUUGCUCCAUUAAUUUGACGAAAUAUGCUCUUUAAGUUGUUAGCCUACUUAUAAUAUAGUAAGUAUAUGUAAUUGUACAUAUUUAUAAAAUUUAGGGUAUAGGAUUUAUAUUUGUAAUAAUUCAAAACACUAUACAUACACAUAUAUAUAAACACUCACACACGCAAUACUCAACAUAAACACAAGUACACAAACAGACACCGUUUCUUAUCUUUACAAAAUAAAGUUUAUUUUUGAAUCCCUGGGGUACAAUGGUUGAACGGGCAUAAUCUUUGAGCAUAAAAAAAAAACUUUCAUUGCAGAAUUAAAACGUCCGCUUAUCAGAUGUUAUCGUUCUAUGGUUUUUUGUAUUGAUGAUAUUGUUAACAGAAAAAAAAAAAGAAAAAAAACGUAAUAAUAAUAAUAUUAAUAAUAAUAAUAAUGAUAUUAAUAAUAAUAAUAAUAAUAAUAAUAAUAAUAAAUAAAUAGUAAUCUCACGUUACGUUACUUCGAAAGUGCCAUCGCACUUUUGUCAAUGAAUUCGAACGCUCCUCUUUUAUGUAGAAACUAAUACGAUGGAUAAUUGAAAUUUUUCAUCGAUAGUAUUCGAUAUAUUUACUUACAUAGAGAAAAGAUCAAUCUGAAAACUUAUGUAUAAUAUAAUAUACUAUACUAUACUAUAUUAUACUGCAUAAGGGCAUCUCGUGUGCGAGCAUUCAUCACUUGUGACAUAUAAUUAUUGUACGAUAGAAAAUAAGAAGUAAGAAACAAUCAUUUCUCGACAACAAAAUGUAAAUAUAUGUCGCUCCCAUUUAACUGUAUCAAUUCGAUUACGUUCAUUGAUUUUAUCGAAAGAAACAAAUAAGAAAAAAAAAAAAAAACAAUAUGUGGAACGAAAGACCUAAUUAAAACAAAACAAAAAAAAAAUGCAAAAGCACAAAACGUUGUUAUGGUGCCUAAAACUGUAAUCGCUGCUAGAAAAAAGAAAAAGAAAAAAAAAAAAAAACAAAUAUAAUAACUCGAUGAUUCUCUCGUGUCGUAGAAUAUUCUCAAUGAAAUUGUCAAUACGGUUUGACAAACUGUUUGUAGAUUUUUAUAACGAUACUCGUGUACGAGUCUCCAGAGUAUCGAUUCAAAAAAAUAAAACUGAUGUGCCUUUUCAAUUCAGGGGUUUGUCAACUUAA